AUGACACCUCGCGACGACCCUUCACCCGGAUUCGCCAAUACGGCCACUUCUCAGAAUGGGGCCAACAAUCCCGAACCAGCUCCGAAAAGGCGGCGAGUGGCCCUAGCCUGCUCUGCUUGCCGCAUUCGGAAAUCGCGAGUAAGCAGCCUCAUCCACCUAUCUCGAAGAGACAGCCUUCUUAACCAAGCUUACAGUCAAGAGGCCUCGGCCAAUCUCCUAGUUCCAAAAGAUCUCUUCGCUGCAUUAGAGACUAGAGUCAAGCUCUUAGAAACAAAGCUUGAACUACAGAAUGGCCGGCUGGCAGCCGUCGAGAGCGAUGCCCGGAGAAAAACUGGGGGGGCUCGCCAGGGCUCGCUUGACCUGAGGACUGGCCGGCUUUCGACCGAGGAUGACCACGCCCAAAGAAGAAGCGACGAAGCCCACCAGGAUUCGCUCGCUUGUCGGUCCAGUGAUGUAAUAGUGAACAUCGAAGGGUGUCAUGACAGCUCUAUAGACCAGAGCAUGACUGAUGGUAUGGCGGUUUCGUUCGUCGAUGAGCAAGACUGUGGCUUCUUUGGUCCAUCCUCAAAUAUCGCCUUCAUGCGUCACAUCCUACGGGCCAUAAAAAAGAGACAGUCAGCUCACCGCAGACUAUCCUCUCAAGCCUCGGCGUCUGAAUUCAGCACUUACGAAGGUGGUAUCGUAAACACUUUCAACACAUUUACUUCAAAAUCACCAGGCGCUGCUCUGAGCCAUAUACAUAACAUUAGCGCAAACAUUCUUCCCCCGGAUCACGAGAUGCAACGGCUCAUUCGUGCCUACUUUUCCAACACCGGCCUUUUGUUUCCCUACAUCCAUGAAGAGGCAUUUCUUGACACCUAUGAGCGAUUUCGAACAAGUGGUUUCAGAACCAAUGUUCGCCGUACCUGGCUCGGACUUCUGAACAUGAUCUUCGCCAUGGCUACUUGCACCUCGUGUUGGGAGGAAUCGGGAAGCGACUAUCGAUUUGAGCAAUCUGACGUGUACUAUCGUCGUGCUCGUGAGCUUUGCCAAACGCAAAUGUUUCGGGGUACUACCCUUGAAAUUGUUCAAUAUCUGUUGCUCAUGAGCCAGUAUCUUCAGGGUACGCAAAGGUCAGUCCGUACAUGGACGAUACAUGGUCUUGCUAUCAAGGCUGCCAUGUCUAUUGGACUUCACUCGAGAGACAUUGCAUCAAAGUUCACGCCAGUGGAGCAAGAGAUCAGAAAACGUACUUGGUUUGGAUGUAUCUUACUUGACAGGAGCUUGAGCAUGACUUUUGGUCGUCCAUGCGCAAUCCCCGAGGAGUACAUACGCCUGGAUCUUCCCAAGCCAUUGCCUCCGUGUGCCUCUGUCCCCGAGGAAAUACAGAGCCUCAGCACAGGCUUCUUCAAUGCAUCGAUACAGUUGUAUAGAGUCAUGGGAAGAAUAAUCACGACAUUAUACGGCAGUAACCUCGGCUGCGAUGAGCAGCCAACGGAAACCGUCACAGUGACCUCAAUAAUCCAGUUUGGACAAGAGCUCACGGAUUGGCAAAACAACUUACCUCCACAGCUAGCCCUCCGCAUCUCAGCUGACCUCUCAAGAGAGGGGGAGAUCCAGGACCCUACAACUGAGCGGGUCCGCUUGAUAUUAACUCUGAGAUAUCUCAACGUCCAGCUUCUCCUUCAUCGACCUACUUUCAUCCGAUCAUUGGGUGCCUUGCUAAGAGACCCCAUGAUCCCAACUCGCAACCCAGCUCCCGUCAAUCACAUGCAGUCCAACUUUGACAGAGCUUUUGUUCAUGUAGCAGAGAACAUCAUUGAGAUCAUUUACACAGUGCUAACGAGACCGGACCUUGGUCGUCACCUGAUUGGUGCAUGGUGGUUUACUCUGUACUACGCGUUCAGUGCAGCACUGGCGAUAUUUGGAAGCCUCGUCAUCUUCCAAGACAACGAUGUAGAGGGUGUGCACAACACUGACCGCCUUGAGCGGGCCAAACGGUCUCUUACGCAAGCUUCAGAGGCCUUGUUGCGAAUGGGAACUGAAAACAUGAUCAUAUCACGCUGUGUCGACUUUCUGCAGCAGCUCCUACGAGCAGUAAACGCUUGGGAUUCAAUGUCACCCCAAACUCUCAGCUCAUUCGGCCAGUCUACUGCACCUGAAGCUAUUGCCAGGAGCGAGAAUGGAAACUUUGACCUCGAGUCUGAUCUAUUUUCCACCAUGCCAGAGUUUGACGCUUCAGCGGUUGGGUUGGGAGACGAUAUUGAGCUGGGGCAUUUCUUUGCCGCUGACUUUCAGAGGUGGUUUGAACGGAACCAUUGGUGA